GCGAGAUCUGGCCGUUCUUCCCUGACGUCCUGAGCUCUCUCCCGGGGGCUAUGGGAGGGCUCUGGCGUCCCGCAUGGAGGCGCGCUGCCUUCUGUGGCUGGCGCGGGAGCCAGCCUGGGUCCCCGACUUGGGUUGCGGAGAGGGUAGAGGCAUAUCUCAGAGUGGGAAGAAUUGGGACAGGAAGUGGUGAGAGGGGGCUGAGGUGGCUUGGGACAUGGAGGCGUCCAAACCCGGCCCGGGACCUGGCCCUGCAGCCGCCGCGGCGGCCGAAGAGCACGAACCCUUUCACGCGCGCGCAGGAGGAGGACUGGCGGCGUCGGAACAAGACGGUCCUCACGUACGUGGCCGCGGCCGCCGUGGGCAUGUUGGGGGCAUCCUACGCCGCCGUGCCCCUUUAUCGGCUCUAUUGCCAGACUACUGGUCUUGGAGGAUCAGCAGUAGCAGGUCAUGCAUCAGACCAGAUUGAAAACAUGGUGCCUGUGAAGGAUCGAAUUAUUAAAGUCACCUUUAAUGCAGAUGUGCAUGCAAGUCUCCAGUGGAAUUUUAGACCUCAGCAAACAGAAAUAUAUGUAGUACCAGGAGAGACUGCACUGGCGUUUUAUAAAGCUAAGAAUCCUACAGACAAACCAGUCAUUGGAAUUUCUACAUACAAUGUGGUACCAUUUGAAGCUGGACAGUAUUUCAAUAAAAUACAGUGCUUCUGUUUUGAGGAACAAAGGCUCAAUCCACAAGAGGAAGUAGAUAUGCCAGUGUUUUUCUACAUCGAUCCUGAAUUUGCUGAAGACCCAAGAAUGGUGAAUGUUGAUCUCAUCACUCUUUCUUAUACUUUUUUUGAAGCAAAGGAGGGACAGAAGUUGCCACUUCCAGGCUAUAAUUGAAGUCAGCACCUAAGUCCCUUCAGAUUUGUGAUUUUUGAAAAAUCACGUAUUCAGUCUUCUCAGGGGAGAAAUACUUUAAUGUAAAACUUUUUAAAUAUACUGUGUUUAUUUUUUUCAACUAAUUUACCCUGUUUAAAAUUGAAUGAACAGUUUCAGCUGUCAUAGGGAAUCCAUAGGCCCAAAUUGAAUGUAGGACUAUUCGAAACCAUAGAGUUUGAUAGGGAAUAUUCAAAGAAACUCCUUUGUUUCUUAAAUAAGUAGGCACGGACUUCAGUUUAUUAGCUCUUCAUAGCAGUGAAUACUUUUAUUAUUCCUGGGGUUGUUUUAGGCUCUAGGUCAUAACUUCUGCCUGUUUUUGUUAUGUCUAAAAUAGUUGGUGACUACUUUCUUUUAUUGUGAAUCGUCACUAUUUUAAAAGCUCACAAUGAAAGAGGUAUCACGGAGCCCUAGGCUGCCCAGAGAUUACAUUCUAAUUUCAAAUUUGACUCUCUUUUUCCUUUAGGAUCUAGGCCUAUUUUAUAUUUUGAGUACUGACUAUUUUGAAGUUUCAGCAUCACGAAUAUGAAAUAAAACCCAUAAGUAUAUUUAGUAGGAUUCUAGUACGAUUUCCUGUGACAGUUCAAGUUCCUGAAUGUUAAAAUGUAAGUGUGAACUUAUUGACAUCAGAAGUUCUAUGAACAGACCCUGUAAAAAAGAUGUAUUAAAGUGUUUUAAUAAUUUAUCAUUGUAAUUUAUGACAUAAACAAAUGCACAUUUUAUUCUGAAUGCUUUCCAGUAGCGUUUGUUUCAAUUAGAAAUAUUACUUGCAGUAAAAAGGGGAGAAAAAGAUCAUUUAGUAUUAUAAAGAAUCAUAUGUAAAGGCAACUCGAUACAGAGUCCAGUGACCUCUUCAUGGUAUCUGAAAUAUACAC